UGUCAUGGGAUUCUGUUUGUUUCAUCUAUCCUUCUUUGAUUCCCCCUUACCUUUCUCUUGGCAGAGUGAAGAAAAUCACACUGUUGCAGGAUUGCAGGGUUCUUGUCUCACAGAGUUGAAGAAUGAAUCUUGUGGGGAUGAUGUAGAGAAGAACGUUAGGGUUCGGAGCCGAUGGCCAAGAAAGAAUUCUUGAGACGUCUUUGGUGCAAAAAGCUUACCGGCAGGGCCAGCAUCUUUGCUGAUGACAAGCUACGACUGGACUCUCUUCGGAACUGGCCCCUUGCUUCCCCCGCAGGAGGCGCAGCUCUGGCCGGGGCAGGCGUUUCUGCACAGGCAACUGCAAGUGGAAGCUGUCUUGGAAGAUUCGGCCGCAGUUCGUGCUCUGGUGGCAGAUAAACUCUUCGCUAAUGUGGACAAGUUCCUAUGCCUGAGAGAACUCUCUGUGGAUCUGGAUGCUAGGCAAAGUCUUUUUUCAGUCCAUCCUGAAGAAUUCCUCUAUCUCCACCAUAUGAAGAAAUUGGUUCGAAUUUCAACUGAGUAUGGUCCUUCUAAACUGGGUAAGGAUGGCACUCUGAUUUACUUGUUUUUACAUAAUUGGGAAAAACAAAUUGGCCAAUAAUGAAGAGCUAAAGCUUGUGUAGAUCUCAGGUUGCAGCCUGAAUCCAUAGUGAAUUGUGGGAAUAGCACUCUUCCUCAUUUGAGAAAGCAGAGAGCUGUUUGAACUUAAUGAGCCCUUCCUAUAUG